AGGUUUUCAUCCUCUCAGAUCCCAGACAGUGGACAGAAAACCACGUGGUCGAGUGGCUAACGUGGACAGUGAACGAGUUCAGUCUAAAGAACGUGGACUUUGACAAGUUCUGCAUUAACGGAGCCAGUUUGUGUGCCAUGGGCAAAGACCGCUUCCUGGACCUGGCACCGGACUUUGUGGGCGACAUCCUCUGGGAACAUUUAGAGAUGCUCCAGAAAGAGGAUACAAAGCAUUAUCCCAUCAAUGGAUUGACCUCCAACUUCCAGGAAUCUCGUUAUACCUCAGACUACUUUGGCAGCUACGGUGUUGAGCAUGCUCAGUGUGUCCCUCCUUCUGAAUACUCAGAGCCUGGUUUCAUCACAGAAUCCUACCAGACCCUGCAUCCCAUCAGCUCAGAGGAACUGCUGACACUCAAGUAUGAGAGUGACUACCCUGCUGUCAUCCUGCGGGACACGCCCCUCAACCCCCUGCAGGGGGACUACUUCACUGUCAAGCAGGAGGUGGUGUCCCCGGACAACAUGUGUGUGGGACGCAUCAGAGGUAAACUGGGGGGCCAGGACUCCUUCGAGAGCAUCGAGAGCUUUGACAGCUGCGACAGAUUAACCCAGUCGUGGAACAGCCAGUCUUCGUUCAGCAGCCUGCAGCGGGUACCGUCCUACGACAGCUUUGACUCAGAAGACUAUCCCAACGCCUUGCACAGCCACAAGCCCAAGGGCACUUUCAAAGACUACGUGAGGGAGCGCUCAGACCUCAGCAAGGACAAACCUGUCAUCCCCGCAGCGGCGCUGGCAGGAUACACAGGCAGUGGCCCCAUCCAGCUGUGGCAGUUUCUCCUGGAGCUGCUGACCGACAAGUCUUGCCAGUCCUUCAUCAGCUGGACAGGCGACGGCUGGGAGUUCAAGCUCUCUGACCCAGAUGAGGUUGCCCGAAGGUGGGGCAAGAGGAAAAACAAGCCCAAAAUGAACUAUGAGAAGCUGAGCCGCGGCCUGCGUUACUACUACGACAAAAACAUCAUCCACAAGACGUCGGGAAAACGCUACGUCUACCGCUUUGUCUGUGACUUAAAAAGCCUGCUGGGAUACACGCCCGAGGAGCUGCACGCCAUGUUGGACGUAAAGCCUGACACGGACGAGUGAAGGCAGAGAUGAAAAAAAAGAGAGAGAGAGAGACAAACAUUAAAGGAGCCACAUGGACUGAGGCUCAUAAAGUGGUCUUAAGUAUUUGAUAACUUUGGUAAACCAUUUCUUUUUGGGACCAAAACGUUUUAACGACUGACUGUGGUCUACGUCAACUUUGAGCCCUCGUCCUUUAGACCAUGUUUAGAAAAGAAGGCACAGCCCCACAAGCAUGUGUUCAUACUUUGAGAUGUGUACGUGAGCGUGCUUAUGUGUGAUAAAUACCAGUAUUAUUUAGCAGCUCGAGGUAGAUUGAGCACCUUUGGGUAGUUUUUUUUAAGGUUCCAUUUGGCCUAUGUAGCACAGAGGCAGGUAGAGAGGACCGAGGCCGAGAGAAAUCAUCAAAUAACAACAAAAAAAAAGUCAUAUUAGGGAUGAACAGAGAGCAGGUGCAAAGUAAAGCUCAAGGUGGUUGCCAAAAAGUGGACGAACCCAGGUGAUUUUUUUUUUUGUAUUCACAAGAUGAAAAGUCGUCGACUGUUUUCAGCUGGGACCAAAAAGUGUUAAUUUUAUACAGUGUGUAACUUUUAGUUUUAAAGUCUAUUGUUUGUGCCAGUAUUGUUUUACUGAUGUAGGGAAAAAAAAAAAAAAACAUCUGGGGAAAAUUUGAAAAAAAAAAAAAAAAGAAUUACAGGGAAACUAAUGAAUGACCCCGCCGACCUCCCCACCCCUCCCCCAUCAUAGCCUGGUGUAAAUGUGCUGAUUCGUUAUCACACAACACUAUAGACACUGGCCCUGCGUUUUCUUAGGCAGGGAGGACCUGUGAGAUGAGUCACAACUAGAGCCUCUGACACACGAACAACCGAAAGCAGCCGUUGCAUUUGAAACCGACGUUUCGUUUCGUACAUACACAAAUGCCUCCUCGUUCGACACGUGAAUUGCGACUGAAAGCCGUUGUGUUUUGCAUACAGCAGAAGUAUUAGCAAACUGUUGACAAUCUAGGUGGGAAGAGUCGGGAGUGUGACUUAGUUUUUAAUAACGUGCAGAUGACACGCACACCCUCUGUCCGUUCACUGUCCGCCGUCGUUGUUGCUUUAAAAGUGUUUGUUCCAUAAAAGAUCGUGAGUGAAGUAGUGUGAAAAGUGUGGGGAGGGAGGAAAAUGUUGACUGGAGGAUAGUAAAGAUGGAAGUUGAUUGGUUGGAAUCUGUGGAUCCCACAGAUGAUGGUCGCUGGUAGAGUCUGAUGGAAAGUGAAACGUUGAAAGUUGGCACCGUUGCGUGUGGCGUUAGCUGUUUGUACAGAGAGACUCCUGCAUAAAUGUCCGAAGCUGCUGUUGCUGAAUUUCAAAAACGAAGCAGUGAGAGACAUCAGUGUUUGAUUUGUUGGUUAUGCAUCACUUUUCUUUGGACAAAAUCACCAAAAAAAGUUCAUGGCGAGAAGGUGUCGUGAAUUCGUGUUGUUUUAUUUUUUUUUAUGUUUUGUGUAGCUUGUAAUUCACUGGUAAUUGGCAGGAUUUUCUUCCCAUUGGUGGGAGCGGUGGCCAAACACAGGCCUGAUGGGAAAUGCCAAAGUAAAAAAAAAAUCAUCUUUCGAGGACCAUGUUAUUGUUUACAGUGGCUGAAUGAGAACUUUGCUUGGAUGAAUAUAGCUUUCUGCCAUAAGUCUAUUUUUACAGAUUAUAUUUCAUAAUGUUUUAUUCUGGAGACCCAGAGUCACAUAAAUAAGCCAGAGACAAAGCAGUAAUAAUAACCAAAACACGUGUGGGGUCUUUGACCGAGGGUCUGAUCCACAGCGACAGGGACCGUGAGCCUUUUAUGCUUCAUGGAAACGUGUUGGCUUUUCUGUUAUCUGUUGUUGAUUUUUUUCUUUUUUUUGGAAAGCAAACAGCUUUAAGAUAAGGAGGAAUACUUUCAGUGAUCUGUGUUUUGUCCUCAGUGCAGAAAGAAGACACUGUGUUUGUCGGGGGAGUCUGAAACCUUACACCCAAAAAGGGACAUUUUUACCAUCGUUGAAUUCUACCCACAGCUGCAAAAAACAUUUAAAUAAUACUGCAGUAACUGGAGUUUUAAAUACUACAGAAUCCAUUGGACAAAAAAGUCAAACUACUAAAACACAGACACAUUCAGUACAGUUGAAGUUCUGUGACGUGUUCAAAUCUUGUCACACUCUGUGUCUGCACUGAUGCUAGAAAUGCACACCAGAAAACAGCGACACUAUGUUGUUCUGUUGUUAGCAAGCCAAAAAAAAAAAAAAUCUGAAAAAAUUGGGUUCCUUUUAUUAGUAAAAAAAAAAAUAUCCGCCCUACAUUUAGGAGUCACGGGUGAGUUGCAGACCCCUGUGACUGGAGGCAUAUUAGUUUUUUUUGUUUGUUUCUUUUUUCCCAUCGUAGUUAAGCACUGAGUCUUAUCCUUUCAUCCACCCAUGUCAUCAGACACAAGGAAAAUUCAGCAGAUGAAUCAGACAUGAGCCUCACUGUACUUCUGUCCUUUUCUGCAUGGUGGCGUCAAAGGGUUCCAAAACACUGUUUUUUUUUUCCUUUUUCGUUCGUCUGAGUUGACGAUUUAUGUCAAAGAGAGCUUUACAGAUUUUUUUUUUUAGUAUAUGUGUAACAGUUGCCUCGGCCCUGGGAAAUGAAAUGCUUUUUUUCCCCCAAAGGUCAUAAAAGUUAAUGUGCUAAAUCAUUCUGUUACCUAAAGAUAUUAAAGUAAUAGAAGUUAUUUUGUCAGGAUAAUGUACUGUUGUUAGCUGUCAGAGAUUACUGCAGGUCAUAUGUGUUAUUGAAUUGUAGUCAGGCACGUGUUCACACACCUAUAGAUUGUGGCAAAUGCAUAUCUCAGAACGGAUUCAGAAGGAAAAAAAUGGUUUUUUUUUGUUUUUGUAUAUUUUAUAGUGUCUGUAUUUUUUUUAAUGAGAUCAUUUUUUAUUGUAUUUAGUUCACAAACAUUUGAAUAUUUUUCAAUAAUUUAUAUUUUAUAUAAGACAAAAGACGCAGACAGCUGGUGCUUUCCUGGGAAUAUAAAGGUAGAGCAAGACAAAAAAAUGUAGCUACGUUUUCUUUUUAUUGUUUACUUUUUUUUUUUUAAAAAUCCAAUUUUUUUUUCUUUUUAUAUAUAUAGAAACUCAAGCUGUCUGUGAGAGUUUAAAGGCUGAUGCUGGCCCAUCAAUGAUUUCUGCUGGAAAGGUUUUAUAAACUGUAGCUUCUAUUUCUAAAAAUGUACUUAAUGUACUUCAAAAUGUUAUAAAAUAUAUGUGAAGAAAGAUUUCAUGGAUUUGUCAGGUGGUUUUUUUAGGACUGAACACUUCUCCAAGAGGCAUUUGUUUGAGAAUGUCGUCUUUGUUGAGUUUUUCGGAGAUGUCCAUCGAGGACGUGUCUUUCGAUGUUUUGUUAGUUUUGGAUAUAUAAAAAAAAAAAUCAGUGUUGGAGCGAAACGUGUUGCAAAACUUCAAUUUUUUUAACUCUUUUCCGUUCAAGUUCAGUUAAAAAAUCAGACGUUUGCACUGGAGGGAAACCUGAUCAUAAAACAUCAACAGUUCAAACACCGGACGAAAACCUUUUAAAAUUCCCUUGUAUUUCCACAUUUACUGACACAUGCAUUUGCUCUUCCCCGUACUGAAACAUCUUACUUUAAUUUAACAGCACUUUACUUCUCUCACAUGUGAUGCUAGGCUACACUGCGUUUCACACGAGGUGACGUCAAAUCACAAACAGUACACAGGGGCCCAUUCAUGUGCUUGUAACUGCAGGCUCAUAUAAAUUCCCGUGUACAUAGAGAACGUACAGCGCCGUGGCCCGCUGCCCUGAGCUGCACAGCUGUUUGGCCCUGGUUCUGCAGGAUGAUUCUUCACGAAGUCUGAACCACAGCUCCGAUCAAACAAGCUGUAUAUUUUUUAUAUCAAUGAAAAGUGUAUUUCAAAUGUAGAGACCAAACAAUGACUUCACUGCUUCGGGGCAUCAUACAGGGGGCAGAUACAUUUCUUUGUGAGAACUAAAAAAAAAAAAAAUCCUCUUCUGUUAACCUAAGACCAGUGUUCUGACGCUGCUGCUGGUGUUCUUGGCAGUGGGUGCAGACUGAGGUUAUCCAGGUGGUUUCUCUCCUGCUCCACCUCCUACGCUCUGACAGAGCUGAUGAUGCAUACCAGACAUGAUGGUUUUUAAACACUGGUGCAUGAUCCAAAAAAACCCAAAAAAACGGAACCACUGCCAUACCAGUUGUAAAGUCAAACCAGUGUAGAAAUCAGUCUGAUUCAGACGCACUUGAUUUUCACACUGUCUUUGCUUUAAAAAAAAAAGUAGUAAAAGCAGACAAGGAAGGUGAGAAUUGUCACAGAUGGCAGUCACUAAAAGAUGUCAAAUACUUUCUCCGUCUCCGGGGGAGAAAAGUAUCACCUGUCACCAGCAGCUUACGGCGCUUCUGACACCGAGGAACUGCUCAUUUUUCAGAUUCCGAAACCUAAAUAUUUAUCCAAA